GAUAGAGUUUUAAUGGCGGCUGUUGAGUGGAUCAUUGACAAUUGAAUAACUCAAUUGUUAUUAUUUACAUUGUUUGUUUAAACAUCAAUAUUAAAUUAGUAUUGUUUAAAAAAAAAUUAAUAGUGUUAAAAGAGAAUAAAAAUGCCAUUGACAUUGAGGCCAAUGCGAUAUGCCCAUCCUGAGGGACAUACUGAUGUUUGUUAUUUUGAAGGAGAAAGGGGUGGAUUGAUAACUUGUGGAGUUGAUGGUGAUGUAAGAUUUUGGUUAGAUUUACAAGAUGAUGAUCCAUCAUGUCAGUGUGUUGGUGAAAUAGCAACCUCAUGUUUAUCAAAAAAUGAAAAAAUAUAUGUUGGUAAUGAUAGUAAUACAUUACAAAUAUUAUCAUGUCCAGAACUUGAAAAAGCUGGUAUUGUAACAAGAUUUUCAGCUGCAGUAUCAGCACUUUCAACAAUAAAAAAAAGUAAAUUAAUUGUAUCUGGUGCUGAGGAUAUGAGAAUACAAAUAACAAAUAUUGAUACAAAUGAAAGUAUUGAAUUAACUGGUCAUGAAGCACCAAUAUUAGGUCUAUCAUUAGAUCCACUUGAAGAAUAUAUUGCAUCAUCAAGUGCUGAUGGAACAAUUCGUGUUUGGAAUAUUAAAGAAAAAAAACAAAUUAAAUCAUGGAAUGUUGUACCAAAAUCAAAUUCAUUUAAUACAGCAAAAUCAUUAUCAAUUCCUUCAUUUGAAACAACUAAUGGUAAAUUUUUAGCAUAUCCACAUGGUAAAGAAGUUGUUGUUAUUGAACGUGAUAGUUGGAAAGAAUUAUUUAAAUUAAAAUAUUCAACAUUAAAAGCUGAUAUAAAUAUUUGUAAAGUAUCUGAUUGUGGUAAUCGUUUAGCUGGUGCAACAUUACAUGGUGAAAUUGUUGUUUGGAAUAUGCAAAAUGAAGAUGUCAUUGGUUAUAUUGAACAUCCACAAGAUUCUAAAAUAACAUCACUAAAAUGGAAUCCAAAUAAUUCAAAUGAAAUUGCAUUUUGUGAUAGUUCUGGUCAACUUGGUGGUGUUGAUGUUGUAUUACCACAAGUAACACUUGAUAAUUUUAUUUGUGAAACAAAAACUAAUGGUCAUAAAAUUGAUGAUGAUAAUGAUGACAAUGAUUUUUUAAAUGAUGAUAAUAUUGAUAAUUAUGAUGAAGAUGAUGAUAAUGUUAUAUCAUUAAAUAAAAUAAAAUCAACAAUUAAUAUUGAUGAUGAUAAACUCAGUCAUUCAGAUAUUGGUUCAGUUCGUCAUGAAAAUACUCGUCAAGUUGUACCUGAAAUUUAUACACAAGAACCAUUUCAACCAGGCUCAACUCCAGUUCAUUUACUUUCACGUUUUAUGGUUUGGAAUGACAUUGGUAUUGUAAGAUGUUACAUGAAUGAAGAUGGUAAUGAGUCAACAAUUGAAGUUGAAUUUCAUGAUGCUACAAUACAUCACAGUAUGCAUAUGAAUAAUUAUUUAAAACAUACAAUGGCAUCAUUAUCAUCAUAUGCACUAGUACUUGGUUGUCAUUCAAUGGAUGAUAUUCCAAGUAAAAUAGUUGUAAUUGCACUUCAAGGAUGGGGCUCUGGUAAUAAAGAAUGGAGUAUUGAUUUACCUGAUGAUGAAGAAGCAUGUUGUGUUGCUGCUGGUGAUUGUUUUGUUGCUUUAGCAACAUCAAGAAGACACUUGAGAUUAUUUACAAUUGGUGGUGUACAAAGAGAAGUAUUAUCAAUUCCUGGUUCUGUUGUUGCAAUGAAUGCACGUGGAAAUCAUUUACUUGUUGCUUAUCAUUCUGGUAUUGGUAUUGAUAAAGAUCAAGUUAUGAAUAUUAUGUGGAUACAAAUACAAGGUUAUAAAUUAAAAAAUCAAACAUUAACAUUACCAUUAUCACCAUCAGAAGAUUUAAUGUGGAUUGGUUUAUCUGAUAUAGCAUCACCAGUAAUAAUGGAUGCAAUUGGUAUUGUUAAAAUUUAUAAUCGUAAUAUGAAACUGUGGCAAGUUGCUGCUGAUACAGAUAAACAAUGUAAAGGAAAACUUGAUCAUUAUUUUAUUGUUAGUAUAAGUGAAAUUGAAAAAUGUAUACGUUGUAUACUUUGUAAAGGUAGUCACUAUCCAUCUACAUCACCAAGGCCAACAACAAUUGAAAUUCCCCUUAUUAUACCACUCUGUGAAAUCGAUAGUGAAAAAACUAAGAAAGAAGCACCACUUUGGCAAAUUGGUAGUAAUCCAGCUGAUGAAAGUACAGCAUUACUCACUCUCAUUGGAUAUUUUAUUAAUGGAAAUUCUGAUUAUUCUGUUGUUGAUUUAUGUGAAAAUAUUGCACCAUUAAAAAUCAUUGAAUAUGCUAUUAAAUAUGCAAGUAAAAGUGGUAAAAUGGCAUUAUCAAGUAAGUUACAAAAAAUUGCUGAAAAUAAAAAUAGUUUAAAAGACAUUGAAGUAAUUGAAGAUGAUUUAUUUGAUGAUGAUAAUGAUGAUGUUGAAGAAGCUAAAGAAGCUAAAGAAAUAUCAUCAAAUCCAAUAAUAUUAACUCCAAUUAUUAAUAAACCUCCAGAGGCUGAUAUCAAACCAUUGACAAUGAGUUUUAAGAAAAAAAAUAUAUUUGCUAAAAAAUCAUCUCCAAUGAUAGCUAAUAAAUUAGAUGGACUUAAUUCACUUCCUGAAAAAUUAGAUAAACAAGAACAACCAAAAACUCUUACACCACAAGCUAAAUCAAAGCCUAAAAAGAAAAAUAUAUCUAGUCCUGCAAUUAAUGGUGAAACAUUUGUUAAUUGGCUUACUCAAAAUAGAGCUAAUUUACAAGAAGAAUUUCCAGAACUAGAUAAUAAUGGAAUAAAAAAAAUUGGAAGACAACGAUGGGCUGAAUUAACAAGCAGCAAUUCACAACAAUCAAUAAAUCAAACAGAAUCAGAAACAAAAAAAAGAAAAUUAUCAAGUCCAGAUCAAAAUAGUGAAAAUAAAAUUAAAAAAACAUCAAAAAAAUUAACUGAUUUUUACUGCGAUAAAAUGCCUUGAAGAUCCUAUUAUAGUACCGGUAACAGAGAUCUCGUACUCUAUUAACCAGGUCGAUAAUGUGAAGGGUG